AUGGCUGACUCGCAAGCAGUCUUGGAAGGCACGGGGACAUGCUCCCAGUUCAACUCCAUGAAGGGGUUUGGUUUCAUUGACAUGGCGGGGGUCACGGUCUUCGUCCACCAUCAAGACUGUGAACAAGGGAAGGAGCCAAAAGCCGGUGACAUUUUGACCUUCAACUACGAGCCAAGGAAGAACAACCCGGAUCAGAUGCAGGCAAGAAACGUGAAGGGCUGCACAGCAGACCGAACCACGAACUCCUGGGGCGCCCCAGGUUUUGCUGGCCCUGUGGAGGGUACCGGCGCUUACACUGGCACUGUUAGGAGCUUUGGCCCAAAGGGCUACGGUUUCAUUAUCAUGGAGGAUGGCACCGAUAUGUUCUUCAAUGUCAAGGAUUGCGUCGGCAGCAAGCCGGUUCAGGGAGACAAGGUGAAGUUUGACAUCGGAGAGAGUUCUAUAAAACCAGGUCAGAAGCAGGCUCAGAACGUCACAGGUGGAAGCCAGCCUCUCGACAUGCCAUUUGGCGGAUAUGGCCCUAUGAUGGGAGGUUGGGGCCCAGAUUGGGGUGGUGGCAAGGGCUGGAAGGGUGGUUGGGGCGGUGGCUGCGGUGGCUGGGAUGGCGGCAAGGGCCAGGGGAAGUGGGGAGGAGGUGGAGGAGGCAUGAAGGGUGGCCCAAAAGGUGGCCUCAAGGGCGGCAUGAUGAUGGCAGGCGGCCCCUACGGCGGAAAGGGUUUUGGCGGGGGUGGCGGAGGCUAUGGCAAGGGAAUGUGGUAG